GCCCGCAGCCGCGGGCGGCCUUUUCCGCGCUCCCAGCUCUGCUGCCCGCCGCCCGGCUCCGCGGGGCCGGAGCCAGCCUUUCUGGUGGAGGCGUCGGGACGUUGAUUGAGGCGCGCCCCGGGCGGGGAGGUGUCUCCCGGCGCGCGCCCGGAGCGGGGCGGGGAGGGGCCGGGCUUUGCCUGCGCCUCGGCAGAGCGACGCCGGGGCCGCGGAAGGGCCGCUGUCCGCUCGGGGCCUGGGGUUCCGGGACUCCUGGCUGCGUUGAGUGUCGGGGCCUGGGCGAUCCCAUCCACCACCCUCCCCUCCCCCUUCCCACAGACCCGGGGAAUGGGCGCUUGGAGAGAGGGAAAUCCAGUUAUCAAAGUUGACUCCAGAAGAGAGAACCUAACAGACCAGUAACAAUGGAAGAAAUUGAGAAAAUUAUCAAAAAUCCAUCCCCCAAAACACCAGGCCCAGAUGGUGUUUCAGGUGAAUUCUUUUAACCUUCAAGAAAAAGAUAAUUAUGAUAAGAUUUAAAUUGUUUACCAGCUUAAAGAAGGAAAAAUGACAGAUUUCUUUUACAAAGCCAAUGGAGCAUUGACACCUGAACUUGACAUGAAGAUAAUACUGAAAUUGGAAACUUGAUUAAAAAAACCCCUCGUGAAGAAGAAAGAUCUUAAGCAACAUGAUGGAUUCAGAAGCUCAUGAAAAGAGGCCACCAAUCCUAACAUCUUCAAAGCAAGAUAUAUCACCUCAUAUCGCAAGUGUUAGUGAAAUGAAGCAUUACUUGUGUGGCUGCUGUGCAGCUUUCAACAAUAUAGCAAUCACAUUUCCCAUCCAGAAGGUCCUCUUUCGGCAACAGCUGUAUGGAAUCAAAACCCGGGAUGCAGUACUUCAGUUGAGGAGGGAUGGAUUUCGAAACUUGUAUCGUGGAAUUCUUCCUCCUUUAAUGCAGAAGACAACUACACUGGCACUUAUGUUUGGUCUGUAUGAAGAUUUAUCUUGCCUUCUCCGUAAGCAUAUCAGUACCCCAGAGUUUGCAACCCGUAGCAUGGCCGCAGUACUUGCAGGGACAACAGAAGCAAUUUUCACUCCAUUGGAAAGAGUUCAAACAUUGCUGCAAGACCACAAGCAUCAUGACAAAUUUACAAACACUUAUCAGGCUUUCAAGGCACUGAAAUGCCAUGGAAUUAGAGAGUAUUAUCGAGGCUUAGUGCCCAUUCUUUUCCGUAAUGGAUUCAGCAACGUCCUUUUUUUUGGCCUUCGAGGUCCCAUCAAGGAGCACCUGCCGACGGCAACGACUCACAGUGCUCAUUUGGUCAAUGAUUUUAUCUGCGGAGGCUUGUUGGGUGCCAUGUUGGGUAUCUUGUUUUUUCCAGUUAAUGUUGUAAAAACUCGCAUGCAGUCUCAGAUUGGUGGGGAAUUUCAGUCUUUCCCUAAGGUUUUCCAAAAAAUCUGGCUAGAACGGGACAGGAAACUGACAAAUCUUUUCAGAGGUGCCCAUCUGAAUUACCAUCGGUCCCUCAUCUCUUGGGGCAUAAUUAAUGCGACUUAUGAGUUCCUGUUAAAGAUUAUAUGAAAGAAAUCAGUUAAGUGCCGUUUAUCAAGUGAAUAGACCUAAGAGGAAUGCAGUUUGGCCUUGUUUCUAAUUGGCCAAAUACAAGCUGGUGUUGUAAGUCCAGGGCACAGUGAAUUGUGGGCAAAGCUGUUUUCUUUAAGCACCAACAAAUUCAGAGUAAAAGGUUUCAGUAGGAAAAUUAAAGGUUUUUUUGUUUUUUGGGGGAGGGUUCUGUUUGUUUUUUUUAAUCAGUAUCUGAGAACUUUAGGCUAAUUGCCUGGUUAAUAGCUGUCUAGAUAGAUGGCUUUUGACAAGGAAAUUAACAGCCAAGAUAUGGUUCUUUUUUCCAAAAGUCUUCUGUAUUGGAACAUAAGUGGCCAUGACCAGCCAGAGAAAAGGCUCUUAGGGUCCCAUGCAUUCUCAGGCUUACUUCUGUUACUCCAUUUCUUGCUUCUCUGCUCUUAGGAAUUGCAAAGGGUAGUUUUUGUUAACUUAAACCUAUACAUGGUAGGAAAAAGGAGCAGAACAGAGAAGAAAAACAGCUUAUUAUGUGUAGGCUCUCCAUGAUCAAUUGCUUGUAUUCGUUUUGAAGCUAAGCACCUGUUGGGAGGGUCAUUAUCUGAAUUAUUUCUGUUUAGAUGUGGUAGACUCAAGCAACUAAUGACAUCUCCCAUUUUGCUUUCUAGGGUUGAAAGUUUUCUCUGUAGUUCUGAAUAUGUUAAACCAUUUCAAAAUAUUUUUAUAUUUACUUCACUUACCUCAUUGCGGAAAGAUGUGGAGACUUAAAUUUUGUUAAUGGUGUUUCAUCCCAUUAAGAAGUUUCAAAUUACAGGUAUCCCCCACUUUUCCACAGUUACCUUUAUGCCACUUGGCUUUUACAAAAGACCUGCAUUAGUACCUGUUUUCACUAACCGAAAGAAAUCCAAAGAUGAUUUUUGCUUUUACGAAGAAAGGUAAUUGCUUCUUCACUCUGUGCUGUUUCGGCUUACAAGUUUCCACAGCAACGCAGGGGGAACCUGUAGUUGCAUUACAGAUCCACUGUUCCGCUCAGCUUCUUUGAAUUGUUGUUGCCAACUUAGUGAAGAGCUUUGGAGUUCUGGGUUUUUUUCUUUUGUGUAGUAGUUUGUCAUAUUCAAGUAUCCUGUUCUCAUGAAACUCCCUUUAAAAAAACAACAAAAAUGCUUCCAUAAAAUUUUUAUUUUGGAAGUCUGUUAAUAGGACCGCAGAUUUUUUUUUUUUUUUUUCUGGUUUCAAAGUGUUCUGGGGAAGGGGAAAAAAAACUCAGGAUAGCUUUCACCCCACAGUGUUAAGCCGUCUUUUUUAUCAUUUAAACAUUAAGACAGUUUGAGAGGAUAAGACCUAAAUAAAGAUAUUUGAAGGGUUGGUUUUAAAUUCUAGCAGUUGGUGGUAGCUGGAUGGCAUACUUAUCCCUUACCUAACAGACAAAAACUCACUUGUCAAAAGAAUCAGAUUUUAAAAUAUUUUUUCCAGAUAAAUAAGGCUAAGUGACUCACACACCAAUUGAAUUAACUGAUAAAACAUACGAGACAUCCUAGAAAAGCAGUUUAUCAACCUUUUAAAAAUCCACAUCUGUAAGUGUUACGUAGUUAAGAUUGCUUUCCAGCAUCUGACAUGGGGCAAAGCACAUAGGUUUUAUUACCAGUCUUUCAUCAUUCUGGGUAAUUGCAUGUGAAUAUGUGCACAUGCUGACCAAAAUGAAAUCAGGGUCUCAAUUGGUAGUUUACUCAGUUUCUGGACAGAUAGUCCAAAAAAGUUGUUUACCUCUUAAUGCAGGGUGGCUGGUUAAAUGACAGGAACAUCCUCCUCCUGGCUGUGAAGGAUUAGGAAGCAUUGUCAAGCGUUUGCCUGGUGGUAAUGAAGCUCACUAGCUUUACAAAGGCUCUGUUUGACAGCGUUGUGCUGGAAAUGGCAGUUUAUUCUAGAAAACAAGGUGCAGAUGUAAGGAUUUGAGAAAACAAGAAUUUGACACCAAAUAAAUGAGAGUAGCAUCCUUUGGCUUAUGGAAUAGAGUCGGGGUUUGAAGUGGGUUGAGUUUCAGGAAAGUGGCGAAGGCACUGUGGUGCCUGACCCCCUCACUCGUGUGUCCCACACCCCUGGGCACAUCUGGGUGAGUUAGCCUGGGGUCACGCCCUGGCCCAGGGAGUGGACUCCACUGGUCUUCGGUUCCACGGGACUUCCUUUUGCCUAUACACUCCAUGUAGGUGAUAGAAAUCAAAAUUCUAAAGCACUUUUGUGAAAUACAAGUGAAGUGAGAAUUUGAAGGAGGAUGCUUUGGUUUCUGCUAUCGUAAACAUAUGCCAUGUAGAAACGUUUUUUUUUUUAAUGGUUUUAACUCGUUAUAUUUUUUUUUAUUUCUUUGUCACUUUUUACAGCUUUUGAAGACCAAACUGCAAAUACAUUACCAGGGAUGGUUUUGUGUUGUCCUAUAUUUUCUUAAAUUUGACAAAAAACUCAACAGAACUUGUGGUAGCCAACAGCUUUGUCUGAAAUUUAAAAGACGUCAAAAUGUGUUAUUAGUAAGUAAGAGAUUCUAAGUAUUGUUUUUGCCUUCCGUGUGAACUAGUAUGGUAAUAAUUUUGAAGAGGUAAACAUGAUCGAAUAACUUUAUCUGAAAAGCUUUAAAAGUGGCCUUUCUGUUACAUGUGUGGCACAGAUGGCUUGUGAGCGCAGGGCACUUCUGGUCUUGCCUCCUAUACUUCAUUCUGAUGCCACCAGAAAUAUGUUAUGGAUUCUGUAUUUAACACCCUUAGAGUGCUGUGAGCCCUCAGGACUGCACUACAGAGUAAACACAACCUCUAUAUGGUGGCAAAAUGUGUCUGUUUCACUUGUGGUUGGAGACAAAGUUGAUGCUUUUGUCUCAGUAGUCAAUAUUCAUCUUACAUGAUGGUUAUAUAAUCACCUGCUAUAUAUUAUGAACUGUGCAAUGAGACAGAAUUGUGUCUAUAUAAUCAUUUUCAGAGACCUGAAAUUCCCUAGCUUGGUUACAGUUGGCGAUACUCAGUUGUAAGGCUGUACAAACCUUAAUAAGAGGAUAAUGGGAGAUACUGGAGUCAUGUUGACCAACACUGUUCAGUGCAGAUGAAGGACUGUCGGUGAGGGGUAUGCAGUCAAGGUGAAAGCGAGGCAGGAGAUCGCAUUUAGAGAAAGGGUAAGCACUCAGACUUGAUUUCUUUUAAAAUAGUCUUUUUUCUCACGUGCUUAUAAAUGUGUAUCAAAGACUUGAAUAGGCAUUCUCCUUAAAUUUGAGGAUUUUUAGUUUUUAAUGCUGUCUUUUUGCCUAAUAUUGAAUAUUUGCUUGCCUGAAUGGCUCCCAAAUUUGUGGAGGAGUCUACAUGUUUCCUUUUUUAAAAGUUUCAUUAUUAAAAGUGGUUAAACACAAAGUUGUUUUUGUUUGAUAUUUUGAGUUUUGUAACGCUAUGAGUUUAAAUGAAAUCUGUCAAUUGUUUCAGAGUUAACGUGCUUCUUUUGAUAUUUCUGUUUGGAAUAAAGUUUUUUUUUAAGUUCAUAUUUUUUGGUCUUGUGGUUGGGUCAGGGUUACUAGCACUUUCCUUUUUGUGGUAGAUUAGACUAUUAGUCUUUUUAAUGAUAAAACAUUUAGCACACUACUUUGACUCUUAGUGACUUCACCUGAUAACUUUGUAGGUGGACCAGUUCUUCAUUUAUCCAUUUUGUUUGGUCAGGAUGAGUUCCAGAUAAGUUAAUUUUCUAGAUAGGUUAACUGCACAGCAUUUUUCUUUUUAAAGGUUUUUCUCAAGUGAAAUAAACUUUUCCCUACUGUGUAUAAACUGUCUUGGUAAAUUCAGCUGAUCAAUACUUUGUUGUAAUAAUGUACCUUCAGGUCAUGCUCACCCCCAAGCUAAAUGGUCUGGAUGUUUGAGCUUUUUGAGUGUUUUAUAUCUACUUUUGAUUUCAUACUGCUUAUUUCUGUUAGGAGACUGAAAUCGUAUUAGCAGGCUUGGUUUCACAUUAAAUUGUAAGGUGCUUCCUGACUGUAGGGAUAGUUGAGGUUGCCUGACGAGGACCACCAGGUACGGGAGCAGUUGCUAUAUCAUGCUUCUGAAACACUCCAGUUUUAGAAAUUUUUUAGAAAUUCAUUAUAAUAGUGAAUAUCCUGAACUCUAGAAUUGAUGAAAGGGGUGUUUGACACAUUAUCUGAUGAAAUAUCAUUGUAACGCGCCUGCAGAGAAAGGGGAGUAGAGAGCUUUUCUUAUGGAGUGACAGGGAGGGGCCUGGAGGAGGUCUCUGUAGCUACAGUGCCUCCCAGUCUCCAAAGGCUGGUCUCAACUUAAUCCCUUCAUCUAGUUUCUAGUAGGGAACUUUUUCUUCAUUCUCAUCUGCCUUCAUAUUCCUAUAAUUUUUUUUAGGUGGAAUGAUCCAGACCCUGUCUCCCUUGUUGUCAUCUCCAGCUAAAACUGCCCUGCCUAUCCACUGCCGUGGGGACUUCUGUACUCUCUAGCCUACUGUCCUUACCCAUGCAGAGUCCCGCUGCACCGAACCCUGCACGGUCCCCUGGUUCACUUAGUAACUCCUAUGGAGGCCUUCAGAUCUCAGCUCAAAUGUCACUUCCUCGGGGGAACUGGCUCACGCUUGCAGGACCAAGUCAGUUUCCCCUCUUACUGUUUUCAUAGCACUUACUUGUUUUAAUCAUAUUGUCGUUAUUUGAUGCCUCUGGCCCUUUCGAAUGUCAGCUCCCUAAAGCAGGGACUCUGCUUGACUCUUCACAGUUUCAAGUGCCUGGCACAGUGUCUGACACCUGGUAGAUGCCUGAUAAAUAUUUCAAGAGAGCAAAGCGACAGAUGAAUAUUCAGGAUCAUAGCAUUUUGGAAUAUCCUGUCUGACUUUCAUUCCUUGAUGGAUCAUGGACGUUGUUUCAGAAACAAAUUUUAACAUUGUUCAGGCUGCCACAACGAAAUACUGUAGACUAAAUGGCUUAUUUCCCAGUUCCAGACACUGGCAAGUCCUAGAUCAAGGUGCUGGCAUAUAUAUAGUUCUUGGUGAGGGGCCUGUUCUUGGUGUACGGACUUUUGUGUCUUCACAUGGCACAGAGAGAACCUCUUGACCUUAUCUAAACCUGAUCACCUCCGCAGGCUGCACUCCAAGUACCAUCACGUUGGGGGUCAGGACUGCGGCAUACAAGUUUGGGGUUGGGGUGGGACACAAACAUUCAGCCUAUAGCAUGUAUGAGCUAAGUGAUGAGACUGUUCUUUACCCUCCUCCUUUACCUUUAAUGCUUAGCUAUCCUUUUUUUAAAUUUAAUUUUUAUUUUAUAUGGCAGUAUAGUUGAUUUACAAUGAUGUGUUUCAGGUGUACAGCAGAGUGAUUCAGUUAUACAUUCAGCUGUCCUUACUCUGAGAAAUAUCCAGCCAAUUUGAGACACGUCUCUGCAUGAGUCAGGACUGCAGCGUACAGGGGCUCCGUGUUUUUUAUUCUUGCACUGUUUGUGAAUUGUGGAACCCAGCUGAGUGAAGCUGACCGAGAAGGACAAGAAGUAUUCCUUAAAAUAAUUAGUGUGUCAUUGACUGCUGCUUUGUUACUUUACAAGUGCUGUGCAGGCAGUGACUUGUUUAGAGCAAACUACCUCAAUAGUUGCUCUUCCUUUGACCGUCAACAUUCGGUUCUGUUUCUCUUCAGUCAGCAGUGACUUGCUCCUGAGAGAGAGAGCACCAAAAAGGGGGAAUGCAUUUAGUUACAUUGAAAUGCUGUCUACCUUUUUGUUUCAGAUGACAAUAGGAAAAAGAAACACAUUUCUUUCAAGGGUCAUCAUAUCUAUAGUAAUAGGUGGCUCCUGGUAUAUACUUUCUUCCUUUUGCUUUGGCAAAAAGAAGCUUUUGAACUUUCCUUACCCCUCUCACACUUUGCUGGAAAAGGAGUGGUUAAACAAAUUUCAGGGUUUUCUUGGACUCCCUACUUCUCACUCUCCACUAAAAUCAGCCAUAGAGUUUUGGAGACAGAUAGUAGGGAAAAGUGGAUAUGUAAGGGAUCCACGUACUUUUCAUUUGUAAUUUGUGUGUAAAACAUGAAGGUAACGAUUGAAAAGAAGUUAGCAGGUGAGGGCCUAAACUUGGAGAUAUAAUGCAUAUGAUGAGCCUUGAGAAAGCUAAGGCAAAGUCCAAGAAGAUUUAAAACUUUGCUGUUGCUGUUUGGAGCCCUUUAAAACUUCUGCCACUUGGGGUCCAAGAACAGAAAAGCAUGGUGUUUUUAUGUUUGGGAGCAAUGUUGAAUAUAGUAUUUGAGUUUAUAUCAAUUCAGACUAGAGAGAAACAGUAACCCUAAUUUCAGUUUCUACCUUUUAUAGUUUAUUUUGUUUAGCAGAUUUGCCUUACAUGUGCUCAGUACUGUAAUACUGCCUUUUUAAGGACAAAUCAUUUUGAGUUACGAGAUUCUAGACUUGGGGAUAAUACAGAGCAUUGACUGCCUGAGACAAAUUCCUAGGUAAAACUUAAAAUUUUCUUUUAAAAUUCCCUUUAAAUUUCCCUUGAUUCCUUAACUGGCUCCCAGGUUGGAUUAGGUCUCCUUCUGUGGCACGUGAUGACUGUCUCUCGGACCAGGAUGUUUGUGCUGUAACCCUCAAGACAAUGUGAAUGCCUCGAGGGCAGGGACUGUCUUUCUGCUCUUUGUAUCCACAGACUAGAGGUUCUCAUGAUACCUAUUCAAUGAGUGAAUCAUAAUCUGAUCCCAGAUGUUGUCUUUAUCACUAUUAUUUUUCCUGCUUCCGAGACACUUCAGAUUUCUUAGGAAUUUGUCUUUUAAAAACCAUCAUGGGGAAUACAUAAUGUCUGAUUCUAUUUAUGUGGAGUUCUAGAAGAGGCAAAUUUGGUGGAAAACAAAAAAAACAGUGGUUGCCUCUGGGAAGGGGCAUGAGGGAACUUUCUGGGGUGUUGGUAGUAAUCUGUAUCUUGAUAGGGGUUUGGGUUUGCCUAAACUUAUUUAGCAAACAUACCGUUAAUAUUUGUGCAUUUCAUUGUAUGGAAAUUAAUGAUAGGUAUUGCUGAGUUUUUAGAAGGAUGGGUACAGACAUCUGCAAUUUAUUCAUCAAAAUACAUCAAAAAUUAAGACAGAUUGAUAGAGUGUUGGAUUAUUGAUAAAACAAGCUCAGUAAAGUGUUGACCGUAGAAUCUUGGUAAACAUAUGUUCCCUGUAAAAUUCUUUCAACUUUGCUGUAUGUUUGAAUAUACUGUAAUAAAAUGUUGAGAAAAAUCAUUAGGAUAUUUAUCACAGUAUUUGAUGUCAGCAAUGUAUUGACUCAGUUCAGUUUUUUUAGUUUGCUAGUUAUUCUUAGAAUGCCAUGAAGUCAUAGGAUACUACAGCAGUACCUGCUGGAGGGGAAUACAAGCCUAUAGCAUAUUACUAACUUAUCCUUCCCGCUACUGCUAACGAUGUGGGGGCCACCUCCUCCCUCUCCUCAAGCCCAGAACACACACCAGAUUGUGACAGGGCUGGUGAGUAACACGGAAGCUAAUGAGCUGAUGUUUUUCUUAAGACUGCCCCCGAAGUGAGUGGUCUACUUAUCCCUCAAGUGACCAGGGUAGAGAUCAUGAUUUUCCCGCCAAUAUUCUGCAACUUUCAAGAAAGGCCAAGAAAUCCUUCUUUUAUAGAUACAUUUAUUAUGCACACACACAAAACCUCUUAGGUAAUAACUGCCUAAGAAUAAAAACAGUGUAUUCAGGACAGACCUGAUACUUUGUAUUUAACUUUUAUAAAGUAAUCCUUUUAUAACGAAAUUUGGAUCCUUCAUUUUACCCAGAUAAAAACCGAUCUUUUGUGGUGACGGGCUUUUGCAAGUUAAACAGCAGCCUCGUGUACCCAUAAUUUAAAUAGCUUUCAAAGGAGACAGCUAUUUCCCCCCAAAAAGGGUUUAAAAGCUGUUCUGAGUGGUCUGUGCUCUGGUUAGAGCUUCUGUUGUUCCUGUUCUGGAUUUGUCUGCAGCAGCUGCAAGCUGUUCACAGAGCUCAGUGUGUUUCUGUAGUGGCUCCUCAUGUGGAGUUAGAAGAUAAACCACACAGCACCAGGUCUGUUCGUGAGAAGAUAAGAUGAUCUUAGCAUAAUUAACCGCUUAGUAACG